AUGAGUUGCUUAGCGUGGAAUUUUCGGGGUAUGGCCAGCCCACGUGCAAUUAGAUUUCUGAAGGAGAUGGUCAAACAUAAGAAUCAAGCGAUGCUGUUCUUGUGUGAAACAUUGGUUACUCCUGUUCGUAUUGGUGCGUUAAAGUCUGCUUUGAAGUUUGAGAGUAUGUUUUGUGUUGAUAGUGUGGGAAGAAAGGGUGGAUUAGCUAUGUUUUGGAAGGGCGAUAUGAAUGUUGUGAUCAAUGGUGCAUCUAACAAUUACAUAGAUGCUGAAGUAGUGGAAGCAGAUGGUCGAAGGCGGAAAGUUACUAGGUUUUAUGGCUGUCCGGAACGAAGUAGAAGAAGAGAGUCUUGGAAGAUUAUUAGAAGGUUGAACGCUGAAAAUAAUGUCCCUUGGUGUAUCCUAGGAGAUUUUAAAGAUAUGUUGGAUAAUGAGGAAAAACGUGGUGGUGAACCUCAACUAAACUGGCUCUUAACUGGCUUUCGGUUGGUUAUUAUUGAUUGUGGUCUAGUUGAUAUUGGGGCCAAAUGUUAUCAGUAUACUUGGUCUAGAGGUAGAGGGGAUGGAGGGCGUGUGGAGGAGAGACUGGACCGAGCUUUCUGUUCAGAAACAUGGCUUCAAUUAUUUCCUGAGUCCGUGAUGUGGAAUCUUGAAUCUACAUCUUCAGAUCACUUACCUGUUUUAAUAAGCCGGAGAGAUGAUGAUAAUGUUGUGUAUGAUAGAUCUUUUAAGUUUAAUAAUGUGUGGGUGGAGAAGAAUGGAUGUAAGGAGGUUGUUAAGGAAGUUUGGGGAGCUGAGAGGGGUAGAGAUAUUGUUGAGAAGCUGAAAUGUAGUAAAGUGGCGUUGGAGGCUUGGGGGAAAUCAUAG